AUGGUUGAGUGCAUGAAGACAAUAGCAAAACUUGAUGUUGAGCUAACUGUGGAAGAGAGGAAUCUUCUCUCGGUGGGAUAUAAAAAUGUCAUUGGUGCAAGGAGAGCCUCGUGGCGCAUUAUGUCUUCAAUUGAACAGAAAGAAGAGGCUAAGGGAAAUGAGAACAACGUGAAACUGAUCAAGAGCUAUUGCCAAAAGGUUGAGGAGGAACUAUCGAAAAUUUGCAGCGACAUUCUCGAAAUUAUUGACAAACAUCUGAUUCCUUCUUCCACCACAGGGGAAGCUACUGUUUUCUACUACAAGAUGAAAGGUGACUAUUAUCGAUAUCUUGCUGAGUUCAAGAACGAUCAAGAUAGGAAGGAGGCAGCUGAUCAGUCACUGAAGGCAUAUGAGGCUGCUUCCGCCACUGCAAGCACAGAUCUUCCAUCAACACAUCCAAUCCGUCUUGGACUUGCACUCAACUUCUCUGUCUUCUACUAUGAGAUAAUGAACUCUCCUGAAAGGCAAGUUACUUUACUUACACUCUUUAUUAGCUUUUGGGCUCAAAUGUACUGGGUUUCGUAG